AAAUGCUCGAUCCUGCCAGCUGUGGAAUCUAGUCAGCAUGAUAUGAAUGAGCCUCGAACGCUGAAUAAAGGAUAGUUUUACCUCGAGUGCCAGACUCUUGGGCACUGCACUUCAGCGCUCACCGUAUCAUUCUCUCUCCAAGUUUCUACCAUUUCAGUGGUCAGAUUUCUAUGUGUUGUCGUCUUCGCCCAAUUGUCACCGUCGGCUUCAUCCUAUCUGUUGUUGACAAUCGUUGUAUAACUUGACCACGAUAACAUGGCGGACAAGGUGGAAAAGUGUCGAGCGGCCUUGCAGAGGUGUCCCCCCGGUCAUUCUAAUCGAACAAAAUCUCUCAACGAUCUUGCCAACAGCCUUGCUGACCGAUUCCAGCAGCGGGGCGUCCCGUCUGACCUUGACGAGGCUAUCGAGCUCUUUCGGGCUGCAGUACUCCUUUGUCCCCCCAGUCAUUCUGAUCGAUCAUCGGCUCUCAACAAUCUUGCCAGUAGCCUUGCUGACAGAUUCCAGGAGCAGGGUGUCCCGUCUGACCUUGACGAAGCCAUCGAGCUCCAUCGGGCUGCACUUUUCAUUUGUCCCCCCGGUCAUUCAUCUCGAUCACACACUCUCAACAAUCUCGGUACCAGCCUUUGUGACAGAUUCAAGCAGCGGGGAGUCGCGUCUGACCUUGAUGAGGCUAUCGAGCUCUAUCGGGCCGCACUACUCCUUCGUCCCCUCGGUCAUUCACUUCGAUCACACACUCUCAACAAUCUCGGUACCAGCCUUUGUGACAGAUUCGAGCAGCGGGGCGUCUCGUCUGACCUUGAUGAAGCCAUCGAGCUCCAUCGGGCUGCACUUUUCAUUUGUCCCCCCGGUCAUUCACUUCGAUCAAACUCUCUCGACAGUCUUGCCAGCAGUCUUUCUGACAGAUUCCAACAGCGGGGCGUCCCGUCUGACCUUGACGAGGCCAUUGAGCUCCAUCGGGCUGCACUACUCCUUCGUCCCCCCGGUCAUUUUCGUCGACCAACCUCUCUCAACAAUCUUGCCGUUGGCCUUUAUGACAGAUUCCAGCAGCGGGGCGUCCCGUCUGACCUUGAUGAGGCCAUUGAGCUCCAUCGGGCUGCACUACUCCUUCGUCCCCCCGGUCAUUCUGAUCGAGCAAUGUCUCUCAACAAUAUUGGCAUCAGCCUUUAUGACAGAUUCAAGCAGUGGGGCGUCCCGUCUGACCUUGACGAGGCCAUUGAGCUCCAUCGGGCUGCACUACUCCUUCGUCCCCCCGGUCAUUCUGAUCGAGCGAUGUCUCUCAACAACAUUGGCAUCAGCCUUUAUGACAGAUUCCAGCAGCAGGGCUUCCCGUCUGACCUUGAUGAGGCCAUUGAGCUCCAUCGGGCUGCACUACUCCUUCGUCCCCCUGGUCAUUCACUUCGAUCAGCGUCUCUCAAAAAUCUUGGCAACAGCCUUUUUGUCAAAUUCGAGCAGCGUGGCGUUCCGUCUGACCUUGACGAGGCCAUUGAGCUCCAUCGGGCUGCCCUACUCCUUCGUCCCCCCGGUCAUUUUAAUCGAUCAUCGUCCCUCAUCCAUCUUGCCACCUGCCUUGCUGACAGAUUCCAGCAGUGGGGCGUCCCGUCUGACCUUGACGAGGCCAUCGAGCUUCAACGUGCUGCACUACUUAUCUGUCCCCCCGGUCAUUUCCUUCGAUCAACGUCUCUCGACGAUCUUGCCAUCAGCCUUCGAUGCAGAUUUAAGCAGCGGGGCAUCCAGGCUGACCUUAAUGAAGCAUUUGGGUUGUAUGUUCAACUCUCCUACCUAUCUCAUGCAAUCUCUCGUAGGGAUCUUACUGCUGCCAAGUCAUGGGCCACUUCUGCCGAGGAGACGAACCAUCCCUCUGCAUUGCUUGCCUAUCAAACUGCAUUGAAAUUUCUAGAUCAGCAUGUUACUCUAUUGUCGUCUUCUCCACGCCAUUUUGAUGUUGUCAAGAUGGCCACAGCUUCUCUUGCCAUGGACGCUUUCUCGUGCAGUGUUCGUCAUGGUGCGCUCACAACUGCUGUUGAAAUGGUGGAGCAAGGCCGUGCAGUAUUCUGGACCCAGUUGGCACGCUUGCGCUCACCGCUCGAUGAACUUUCCCUGUCCGGUGACACCGGCGCAGCCUUGGAGAAAGAGUUCAGACAGCUGAGCUUUGGCCUUCGUAGCGCGUUCGAUCAGUCUAAUAACGAGCAGCCCCCACGAAUCCGACAACUGACCAUGCAAUGGAAUGAUGUUGUCUCCCGCAUCCGCAUGCAGCCUGACUUUUCUCGGUUUCUCCUGCCGCCACUGUUUUCUGACCUCCGGAAAGCCGCUGAAGAAGGUCCGGUCAUCAUUGUCAAUGCUAGUCGGCACGGCUGUGAUGCCUUAAUUGUCUUAAGCAGCCACGAUCCUGUCCACGUUCCACUUGAUGUCACAAGGACCGAAGUCUCCGAGUUGUCCUCCGAGUUUCAGUCUGUCGCGGAGCAAUUCGGUUGUUCUGAUCAUCAACUCAAGCUCGUGGGCAUCCUCCGCAAGCUUUGGCAUCACGUCGUUGACCCCGUGGUCCAAGCCCUUAGGGUGUCAAAUGUUCGCCCUGGCUCGCGUAUCUGGUGGUGUCCCACAGCUGAAUUCACUUUGCUUCCUCUACAUGCAGCAGGACCCUACGAGAGGGAGAGAAACAACUUGUCUCAGAUUUACAUCUCCUCUUACACCCCCACUUUGGCUACACUAGUUCGUGCGAGAGAGCGCGUUUCUCGAAACUCGUCAACACAACAUUUUGUUGCAAUUGGUCAAGCGAAUCCGGACAGAGGGAAGGAACUCAGAUGUGUCGCUCCUGAAUUAGCCGCCAUAUCUCAAUGUCUCGUACCCAUCGUGUCAUCAUUCAGAUCACUCCGAGACAGCCACGCAACAGUGCAGGAUGCACUCGAUGCUCUAAAUCAUAACCAGUGGCUCCAUCUCGCCUGCCAUGGAAUGCCGAAUCGGACGCACCCGUUCGACUCUUCCUUCGCAAUGCGCGACGGGCCGUUGAUGAUCAAGGACAUCAUCCGGUCCAACUGGCAGAAUCCAGAAUUUGCAUUCUUAUCGGCCUGCCACACUACCGUAGGCGACGAGAAGAGUCCCGACGAGUUAAUCCAUCUCGCUGCGGCAAUGCAAUUCUCCGGAUUUCGCAGUGUCAUAGGUUCUAUGUGGUCUGUCGACGAUGAUGUUGCACGGCAGGUUGUGUCUCUUUUUUACCGCAACCUGGUUGAUGGCUCAGGGAGAUUGGACUGCACACGCGCUGCGGUAGCGUUGCACAAGGCUGUGAAAUCGUUGCGCAAGAAAAUCCCACUAGAACAGCAGAUUGUAUUUGUUCACAUAGGUGUCUAG